AUGGGCCAGCUGAACUGCUGCAGGGGCUCCAGGGAUGAACCUGAGCCCGUGCAGCAGAGCCCACCUGUCCCAGCACUGCCCAGGCCACCGCUCCGUGAGCGCCUGACGCUGGCUCUUGGAAGGAGAAUGAGGCUGCCCUGGCCCUUUAGGCAAAGAGAGACCUCAGCCACCACUGUAGAUGUGCCCAGACCAUCGGGCUGUGGUGGCUCAGGUCUUCUCUUUGGCCAGCCCCUGGCUGCUCUGUGCAGCCAGGAUGGCAGGAUGCCCCAGCCCAUCCAGGACCUGCUGGCUCUGCUCCACCAGCGGGGGCCAUCCACAGAAGGGAUCUUCCGCCUGGCAGCUGGCAAGAGGGACUUAGGGGCCCUCCGGGAGGCCCUGGACAGCGGGCAGGAGGUGCCCCUGCAGAGCCAGCCCGUGCACCUGCUGGCUGCCACCCUGAAGGACUUUCUGCGGAAGAUCCCUUCCAAGCUGCUGGAGGCUGAGCUGUACCAGCAGUGGAUGGGAGCCCUGCACCAGAGCAGCAGGCAGGCGAGGCUGGCGGCGCUGAAGGAGGUCACCAGCAAAUUGCCCCAGGCCAACCUCAUUCUCCUCAAGAGCUUGCUGUCCCUGCUGCAUAACAUCAGCAGCAACACGGACAGCAGCAGGAUGACAGCCAGGAGCCUUGCCAUCUGUGUUGGGCCAAACUUGCUGAGCCCAGUGGAGGAGCCACCCCUAGACAUGCUACCGGAGGUGACAAGCAAGGUGACAGAGCUGGUGGAGCUGCUCAUUGAGCUGCAGGGAGAGCUGUUUGCAGAGGAGCAGGUGCCUGGCUCAGAUGGACCAUCAGCUGAGGAAGAGCCAGGAACCACAGAGGUGCCUCCACUUGCUCCUGGAAGGGAUCCCCUGAAGAGCUCCUCUGAGGAGAGCAGUUCUCCAGGCUCUUCACAAGUCCAUCAUGACAGAAGAGCAGCCUCCGAGGAGGGAUGUGAUGAGGAGCCAGGAAGGAAGAAGAAGAAGAAGCUGGAAGGAGUUGGCAGGCCUGGGCAGAGAAGGAAAUCCAUACGGGCAAGAAGAAGGAGGAGCCCAGGAAGCUGGAAGAGACUUCCAAAGAAAUGUCUCCUUCAUGUGCACCACCAUGGCUUGUCACAUUACCCUUCUGAGGCCCCCUACCUAGUGCAACCCUGCUCCAUCUCCAUGCUUUUGAAUUGUUUUUAGAGUUGCUGUAGUGAUAGGUAGAGUUAGAGUUGUUGCACUUAGAGUUAGAGCUGCUUACACUCACAGCUUAGGGUUAGAGUUGUUCACAAUUAUUAUUCUUGUUACACCUGUUGUUAGUUAGAGUUGUUGUUAGUUACUGUUCUUGUUCUAC